AUGAGAGGGAAAAGACUUGUUUCUGAAGACUGUCUUUAUCUGGAUAUCUUUACCCCUUUAAAUACCAAUGCUACAUCAGGUCUGGCCGUAAUGGUGUAUAUCCAUGGCGGUAACUUUGUACAUAUGAGUGCCAAUUCUCUGCUGUUUGAUGCACAAGUUAUUACCAUGAAAGGAAAUAUCGUUCAUGUUAAUGUUGAAUAUAGAUUAGGCGUGUUUGGAUUUUUGGUAACUGGCCCUGGUGACCAGGAAGCGCAUGGAAACUAUGGUAUCAGAGAUCAACAAUUAGCACUUAAAUGGGUUCAAGAAAAUAUCCGAGGAUUUGGGGGCGACCCAGCAAAGGUCACUUUAUAUGGACAAAGUGCUGGUGCUCAAUCUACAAUGAUUCAUCUUUCAAACCCGGAGAGUGCUCCAUACUUCCAGCAAGCUAUUGUGGAGAGUUCGCCUUUUACUAUUCCAUACAAAUCUUACACAGAGGCACUUAUUCUUAGCUCCCAGUUUUCAAACUUGGCAGGUUGCACACCACUAGAUAUUGAAUGCCUAAGACGAAAGACAUCAGAAGAACUGGUGUUUGCACAAUUUCAGUCCAGAUCUAAAAUAGCCUCUUUAAAACUCUUAGAAGCUUUUGAACCGUGGGGGCCAGUGGUUGACGGAAUUCUCGUAGAUAAACAACCCCUGGUGAACCUAGCUAAUGGCGAAUUCUCAAAGAAACCGAUCAUGCUCGGAACGACGUCAGAAGAAACUCGGAUUUACAUCUACAGUGCCUGGGGCUCACGAGUAGACAAUUUGAAAUAUUUUGAAGUUGUAAUAGGAACGUACCCACGCCAAUCCCUAAAAAUUUUGUAUGAAUAUCCACCAGAUCAACCAACAGAUGAACGUGAUGAUCUUAGCAAGUUGUCCACGGAUCUCGUUUUCGUUUGCUCGACUAGGAACGCAACUCGCUCUCUAAUUAAACAUGGCAAUGCUAACACUUGGCUGUAUAUCUGGGAUCACGCGUUCUCUUUCCCUGGGUGGGGAAAUAUUACAUUCUGCGAAGGUCAUGUUUGUCACGGUUCAGAAAUACCAUACGUAUUUCAAACUGCUUCACUAGCUGGCUUUAAGUAUACACCAGAUGAAAUCGUGCUCAGUGAUUUAAUUAUUCAGUAUUGGACAAAUUUUGCCAAAACAGGAGAUCCCAAUAAAGGCAUGGAUGAUGAUAAAUAUUAUGUACAAAAUGCGCCUGUGUGGCCAGUUUACACAAAAACAGCUAAAUACCCUAUACUGCAUUUCCAAACUCCAGCUUCGUCUGUAGAGAAUGACUAUCAACAGAGACUAUGUGAUUUCUGGGACACUAUAGGUUAUUCUGCCUAGACGUUCUUUUAACUUUUCUUUCAAUUAUCAUUAAAUAAUUAUUUUAAAUUUA